AUGUCUUCUGAGCUACCGGCUGUGUACUUGGUCGCGCUGAAGCUCCAGCCAGCUGCUUCUGCCGACCCUAACAAUGUGAUCCCUGGCGACCUUGGAGUUUCCCCGGUCGGCCCAGGCAAGUUGCAGUCGUCUAGUACGCUGCACCCUUGCAUCGCAUGUGGGUUGCACACUGGGAACAUCGGGGACUCAAAUUGCCUGAAUGGCAACGAGGAACGGUUGGAUUCCAAUGACCCUGCCACUGGGUUCUCGCCACAGACAAUGAUUCAGGUGGAUAAUGAUGUCGUCCCUGAGUUAAUCGAUAAUAACGUGCCCGACCAUACCAUCGUGAGUGAUAGAAUGUUCGUCUGCCAGAGCUCAUGGACCUCAGGGACCUCGGGACCUCAAUACUUUCCUUAUGUCAGGCUUCAAGGAACGUCAAAGGGACCAUUCACGAAUGCAUCUGUGCUCGAGCGCUUUUACUUCAUGAGCAAGCUGCAUCCGUCCGGGUUCUUCUACAUCGACUAUCACUCAACUCGAGAGGCUCGAGCGAGGUCAAAACUGCUGGCAUACUAUGUCCUUCAAUGCAUCAACGAGAAUGUUAUUGUAGGUGUAGUCAGCUAG